CUCGACUUCCGUAUCCGUCCGAUUCGACCUCUCCGUCACUCUUAACAUCUCGCUAAUGGAGUUUUCCUUACAAGACGACGACUUUGACGGUGAUUUCUCCGCUACUAAUGCCACCAGAGCUUCAGGUAGUAAAAGAAGCUUCGGUGAUCUUGAAGACGAUGAAGAUGAUAUCUUCGGAUCCAAAAAGGGUCGUACGAAAGCGGAGGAAACUGCUCCGGGUGUUGCCACUGGCAUGAUUCUUUCACUCCGAGAGAGUCUUCAGAACUGUAAAGAUGAUCUUGCUUCUUCUCAGAAUGAGCUUGAAUCAGCAAACGCAGAGAUCCUCAAGUGGAAAUCAGCGUUUCAGAACGAGUCUUUCGUACCAGCUGGAAAAUCUCCUGAGCCUAGAUUUUUGAUUGACUACAUCCAAAAUAUAAAAUCUUCUGAGAGAUCUUUGAAAGAACAGUUGGAAAUUGCAAAGAGAAAAGAAGCUUCAUACAUUGUACAAUAUGCCAAACGGGAACAGGAAAUGGCAGAAUUGAAGUCUGCUGUUCGCGAUUUGAAAUCUCAGCUCAAGCCGGCGUCAAUGCAGGCCAGGAGGCUGUUACUAGAUCCAGCAAUUCAUGAAGAAUUUUCACGUUUGAAGAAUCUAAUCGAGGAAAAGGACAAGAAGGUCAAGGAACUCCAGGAUAGUCUUACAGCAUUUACUUUUACCCCUCUGAGUUUAAAGGGCAAGAUGCUUAUGGAAAAGUGCAAAACCCUACAAGAGGAAAACGAGGAGAUUGGUCACCAAGCUGCUGAAGGAAAGAUUCAUGAACUAGCGAUGAAGCUUUCAAUGCAGAAGUCUCAAAACGCGGAACUCAGAAAGCAGUUUGAAGGACUGUACAAACACAUGGAAGAACUAACUAAUGAUGUUGAGAGAUCAAAUGAAACGGUGAUAAUAUUGCAAGAUAAAUUGGAAGAGAAAGACAAGGAGCUAGAGAGAGUAAAGAAAGGGAUGGAGGUUAUGUCUGAUGUUGGUGAAAAGAGAAAAAAUGAUGAAGAUCCAAAAGAAACUGAUGAUGGAGACGAAUUCUCAGCUAUCCAAAAAGUGUUGCAAUGUGAAAGUUAAUUGCAAUUGUAUUCAUUCACCGUCUACAUGCUAUAUUGUUCAAGAGUUUUCUGAUAAAUGUCAAAGCAUGAAAACCUUAGUUUCCAUUAGCAAAGGCUUUUAUCCUUCUUCUUUUUUCGAACAAAAGGCUUUUACCCUUUUUUUUGGACUUUUCACUGAAAGCCCCAAGGCAAAUAAAGAUACACACAGUCC